UCGUAUUGCUUUAUACGAGACAAUGUACGGAAACUUUUCUAGUCAUGCCUGUUGAUUUUCCUGUCUAUUUCUGCAAAUACGAGAACCAACUAACGCCACAAAUACAUGUAGCGCACUGGCCGACGACACUGUUGCAUCUUUAUUAGCUAAAAUUAAGAAAAAAAAUCAUCAUUACUUUUUAAUAUUUUUCUAAAUUUAAAAGGUCUUUGUAACCAGGCCAAAAAAUUCGAAAAAAAUCUAAAUAUAAAAAUUUGUGUUCUUAACUUUUAAAAAUUCAAAAAGUGAAAUAUGGAGAUAAAGAAUUGAGUUCGAAAAUUAAAAAUGUGGGUGAAUAAAUUGUUUUUAACGUGUGUUUUCGUUUUGGUGACAAGUGAGAAUCGUUUUGAAAAGGACAAUAACGGUCCUAAGAAGGCGAGGUUGUUCACUUUCAACACGAAUGAUGAUGACGCGGUGACGGUGGAUCUAGAGUUCUCCAUCCCCUUCCUCACGAUCCCGGCAAAAAAUGCUGUCAGUUAUUUUAAUGGAUUCUGGCCUAGUGUUCCAUCGAUAAAUAUAAACCUAGCGACCCUGGCGCUGGGCGGCGCCAUCAUCUUCGGCUCCACGGUCCUGUUGCCGCUACUCAGCAAGAACUUAGCUGCACAGUAUCCUCACGACAGAUAUUCCAGACUUCUGGAUAGCGCUCAGUUCAGCACGGAUGCUCUCCUGGACAUAGCGAGCCAGUUGCUGGCAGACGGGCAGUCGGUACGCGGUUGCGCUCUCAGGAUCUCAUGCUGGACCGCUCAGAGGAGCGACGCCGAAACGAUCAGGACUUGGCAUCAGAUUAUGAGCAACAACUUGCUGUCUCCAGUGAUCAACUCCACGGCCGUGGCUGACGCCAUGAUGUCAGGCAAGCACGGCCGCGACUGCGAGACGUAUUCUCCCUGCCCCCUCAAAGAGCAACAUGUCCCGAUGCUCCUCAAUAACCUGGCGUUAUUCAAUUCUAUACGAUAAUUGCAUUUUUUUGUAGUCAGUGCUUUGACAUAAGUACCUAUACCGGCCUGACAGUGACUGCUUUUUGGAUAAGUACUUACCAUGUACCCUUUUAGGACCCUGUCGCAUUAACAUUGUGAGAAAUAACCAUGUCCAAACGGACCUCGCGCCAAAGGAAAUUUCUUACAAACAAAAACUACAAAAAGUACUUAUUUACCCAAAAAACAAAAGUUCUCUAACAAUAACUCUGCUUUGGACGAAAAAAGAUUACCUAAUUUGAGACUUGCAGUGCAGUUUGCCAAACAAGUGAAUGUGACAGGGUACUAAAGUAUCCUAAUUGAUGUGACCGGACGUCCUGCUAGGGCUUAGAGCACAUGUUUGCUUUUGUUGAGACACUGACCGUAAUUACCCUGUGCGAAAUUAAAAGAAACUUUGUUAGAGUCCUCCAAUGCUAACUGUGUAGAGAUAUUAAAUUACGAAUUAAACGUAAUUCCACCUAAGUAUAACGCGUUUAUCACACGACGCGGUCGGUGAGACGGUGUUUGUGUGUUAAGAAUCGAUGGCAUACAUGUCAAACCUACCUUGCCGACCGCUGUGAACCCGACAAAGACCUCACUGGCGCGGUCGACGAUUUCCUUCAGCGCUUAUCGCUAUGGAUCCACUAGAGUCGAUUAAUUAUUUCAAAUAUUAUCCUCUCAGACGACGCCCUGAGCCGAGGUUCGCGCCCAACUGAGCACCCUCAGGCCUGUGGUCUUAAAUUUUGUACUGGUAGCCCUCAGUACUCCCUACGUCCAGCCAAGUAGUAAAAAAGUACCAUUUGCGGCAAAUCUACAAUAAGUCACGUACUUUUUUUUACCGCCGACCGCUACUACGCCGACCGCGAGAGCGACCAUGUCGUAACCCACGAUACCACCAGGGGUAUCGUAGGUCCGAAUUGUCGUGUGAUAACCGCCUAAUUACUAGUACUGUCAAGUACAAAAAUUAGGUAAUCUUUUUCGUCCAAUGCCGAGUACUUUUUGUAGUUUUUGUUUGUAAGAAAUUUCCUAAGGCGCGAGGUCCGUUUGGACAUGGUUAUUUCUCACGAUAUAUAAGUUCCUCCGUAUGUUCAGAGAGGAAACGGUUACGUAUUUGAAUAUCUAAAAUUGAAAUACUUUACGUAAAAAUACCUACGUUCAGAAUCCCUAAAAUCAUUAUACCCAAUGGUUUAUAAUACCUUAGCUUAUAACGCCGACUUAUAAAAUACCUAAGUUUAAAAAAACUAAUGGACUAAAUGUCUAAUGUAAUAAAAUAUCUACAGUUAUAACACCAACGUUUAAAAUACCCAGUGGUCAAAAUACCUAAAUGAUGCAUCACUCGUGAGCGUUUUUCUUAAAUAGUAGUUCGGG